AUGACCCGCCGGUUCGUUAAUCUGAUUGUUGGUAGUUUUACCGGCCAUCACCCUGCUUCUACUCUGCACCGCAUCAACCCCUGGAGGUGCUUCUACCCAACAACACAAGAGGCAUUGGCAGCAGCAGAAGAUACUGCUGCUGCAAAUAACAGGCCAAUCAUGGAGGACGCUCGGCUGCCUCCCGCAGCCAUAUCCUUCUAUAAAUCCUAUGAGCCGUACGGGGGCAUCCACUUCGCAUCCUUAGGCAGCAGCAGCAACGACAUCAUAUCCACGGAUCAAGAUGGUAACACUUUGCUAUAUGCCGCCGCCGCCCGCGCCAUCCGGGUUAUGCCCAUGCCGCAUGAGCCCAAGUAUGCACCCGUUUCCAUCACCGUCGGCGACGGCCUCUACUUCCUCAACAGGAACCCUCUGCAAGACCAUCCCUUCGAGGCCCUAGUCCACCACCCUCGAGAUCAGCAAUACAUUUCCACCGACUACACCGACGAGAAGUGGUACUGGCGCCCUCUUCCACCACCUCCUUAUACCCUUGAUAGAAACGAAUGCGGGAAGGUGGAGGUCGACGAGGAACACCGCAGGCUCUGUUAUGAGAGAAACGGGAAGGGCCCCUAUGUCAUCGGCGCUUACACGGUGGUCGGUGAUCAGAUUUGGAUAUCUACUGAGGGUGGUGGCACCUUCUCUUUUGACACAACAAGCGGCCUAUGGAGCAAGGCCGGCAACUGGGCGCUGCCGUUUUAUGGCCACGUUGAGUACGUCCCGGAGCACGCGCUCUGGUUCGGCUUCACGUCUGAGUGCAGGCAGUUGGCUGCCUGUGACCUUGGCGCAGCGAUGCCGACGAGGCCACCGGUGGUGCACACAGUGUGGGACGAGCUCACGCCACCACUGCCUCCGCGGUGGGUCCCGAUCAUGGCGUUCCUUCUGCCUCUCGGCGGGGGCAAGCUUUGCGUCGCCCGGCUGUUCGACCUGGCAGAGGAAGGCUGGUGCCGGGAGAAGAGCAACCGUCACGUGGAUGUAGACAGCUUCGUGGUAUUUACAGGCGUCGAGAUUGGGCGCGGCAGCAAAGGGGCGCUCAGCAUGAUAAGGCACAAGUCCAGGCGUUACAGCCUCGGCCGCGGGAUGGCCGAACUGCUGUGA